UGUCAGCUGGUCUGAUAGCAAAGUACAUAGUUGGAAGUUGUUUAUGAAUUAGGUUCUGUGCGGGUUCCGCGGGGACACAUUUUACGAUUAAGUGCUUUAAUAGGACAGACAUCAUGUUCAAGUCAAAGGUAGCCUUAAGAUUUUUAUCCAGCUAUGCCCAACAUCACAAAAUCGCCGUGAAACCAAUCAACAAACUGUUAAUAGCCAAUCGAGGUGAAAUUGCAUGCAGAAUCAUAAAAACCGCUCGUCGACUAGGUGUGCGAACAGUAGCCAUUUACUCAGAUGCCGACCAUAAAUCUUUGCACAUGGAAUCUGCGGACGAGGCUUACAAUGUGGGCCCAGCUGCUUCACAACAGUCUUAUCUUCGCGGUGAUAAAAUAAUUGAGAUUGCCAAAAAGUCGAAUUGUCAAGCCAUUCAUCCUGGUUACGGGUUUUUAUCGGAAAGCGUUGAGUUUGCGGAAAAAUGCGAGAGUGAAGGAGUCAUUUUUAUGGGGCCACCUGCAAGUGCUAUUAGAGAUAUGGGAAUCAAGAGUACAUCGAAACAUAUAAUGUCAGCAGCAGGCGUUCCGGUUAUCAACGGAUAUCAUGGUGAUGAUCAAAGUGAUGAAAAAUUAACUGAAGAAGCAGCGAAAAUUGGAUUUCCGCUGAUGAUUAAGGCCGUGAGAGGCGGGGGAGGCAAAGGUAUGCGAAUAGUUGACAAAAUGGAAGAUUUCAUUGGUGCAUUGAACUCUGCAAGGAAUGAAUCUCAAAAAUCCUUUGGUGAUAGUUCCGUACUCUUGGAGCGAUUUGUUCGUUCACCGAGACACGUUGAAGUGCAGGUGUUUGCAGAUCAACAUGGAAAUGCAGUGUAUCUGUUCGAACGUGACUGUUCUGUUCAGAGGAGACAUCAGAAAAUUAUUGAAGAAGCUCCAGCGCCUGGUAUUUCGGACGAUCUGAGAAAGGAGUUGGGUGAAGCAGCCGUUCGAGCAGCGAAAGCUGUUGGUUAUGUUGGAGCUGGAACUGUAGAGUUUAUUCUGGAUAAAAACGAUCUUUCGUUUCAUUUCAUGGAAAUGAAUACUCGUCUUCAAGUUGAACAUCCAAUCACUGAAAUGAUUACAGGGACUGAUUUGGUUGAAUGGCAAAUUCGUAUUGCUUCAGGAGAGCCGCUUCCAGUUACUCAAGAGGAUAUUGUCCGGCGUGGACAUGCAUUUGAGGCUAGAAUUUAUGCUGAGAAUCCGAGGGAAGGCUUUUUGCCUGGAGCCGGUCCUCUUCAGCAUUUAACAACACCUCCGGCCAGCGAGUUUGUGCGUAUUGAAACUGGAGUACGUCAAGGUGAUGAGGUCUCUGUGCAUUAUGACCCCAUGAUUGCAAAGUUGGUCGUUUGGGGCAAAAACAGAACACAGGCCCUGGACAGCUUAAUCGCGAGAUUACGAGAGUAUCAUAUUGCGGGACUAGAAACAAAUGUAAACUUUCUAAUCGACUUAGCUAAUCAUCCAUAUUUCCGUAGUGGUGACGUCCACACCGGUUUUAUAGAUGAACAUUUUAACAGUUUAUUCCCUAAAAUCGAAAUGAGCGACAAACAGUUAUCCCAAACUGCCAUCGCUUUAGUUCUUAAUGAAUUGAAUGCCGCUGAAAUGAAUUCAAAUGUCAAUGCUAACGGAAAAGUGGACACAUUCACCUCCGCCGUUGGUUUUCGAAUUAACCAUGAUUUAAUUCGACAAUUCAAGUUUAAAUUCAAUGGGAAAGAGCAUAUUGUCGCUCUGAAAGUGACUGAUGAGGCAACGGAAGUUAAAGUCGGGGACGGCGAUUGGAUUGUUAUUAAUGCUGAAGCAACCACUGAAAAUGGUCGGGUUAAUGUUCGUUGCAAUAUUGGGGGUACAGUGUCCAACUAUAGCGUUGUGAUUGAUCCAGAAGGAGUGAACCUUUUUGAUGAAUUCGGCAAAACUCGCUUGGAAUUUGUUCAGCCAAAAUUCUUAACUUCUGUUUCCGAUGUGGGUGGUGCAAGUGGAUCUAAGUUAGUUUCACCUAUGCCUGGUCUUUUGGAGAAAUUGCACGUGAAGCCAGGUGAUAAAGUCAAACAAGGAGACGCAGUAGCUGUUAUUAUUGCAAUGAAAAUGGAAUACAUUUUGAAAGCUCCGAAGGAUGCUACAGUGAAAUCUGUUGGUGGCAAACCAGGAGAUAAUAUUGGAAAAGGAGCUGUUGUAGUAGCUUUUGAAGAAGAGGAACAGUAAUGGUGCCAUGACCUCUUGUUAUAAAAAUACCAGAUGAUGCAUUUAUUUUUGUCAAAUAUUUUUAGAGAAAGUUUUAUGUAUAAAAUAUAUAA